AUGGCUCCCGCGCCUCAGAAAAUCUGCGUUGUUUGUGGCGAUCCAGCUACCUCGAAGUGCCCCGACUGCAAGUCAGAUACAUACUCACGCUACUACUGCGGGAAAACGUGUCAGGAGACGGAUUGGCCGGCGCACAAGAAACGAUGCAGGGACUUCCGUAAUCGGCGCCUGGAGAAGAAGCUUGAGCGGAUCACCGACAUCUUGCAGCAAGUUUACUACAUCUUCCGCAAAAACACCUGGGACGUCCCUGUGGCGGCGAUCAUGGUCCGUGGUGAUUGUGUGGAAAUCCAUCCGAGCCUUUCCCAAGAACCGAGUUUUUUCUCCAAAUUUCCUGAUCAUCUUCCCAUGAGCGAGCAGAAAAGGAAUACAAUCCUUUCUGCCUUUAGCUGCAACGAUCCACUGGCAUACUUCAAGGAUAUGAUAAGCGCUUCGCUUGAAGGAAUGGAUGUCAAAGUCGAAGAGUGCAAAGCCACUCUCGGCAAGAUUACACAAAAGGUUGUCUUUCGGACUAGCGGCGAACAACCUGUAGAUUGCUCGGCAUUUGCUCAUGAAAUUCUCCGCAUCACCGUGCCUGGGAAGCGGUGGAUCAUCGAUAUCACUGGUGCACAAUUUGGAAUUCACAAAACGCUGUGGGCCUGGGACGACUACAAGAACGAACAUCAUGCGAAAAUUGGCAUGAUAUAUAAGUUUGGUACAAAUGAAAUAUUGGUCAAGGCUUUGAGCAACGUUGAGGCCAUGAUUCUGAAGAAUGAUGAUGAAUACGAAGCGACAAAGCUUAGCUUUCUGAGCAGUAUGGACGUCGCAGUUCGCUCCUUUGUUGCAGCAAACAGAUUCGAGACUGAGAUCCGAAAGGCCUUGGAAUACGAGCUGAGCAACCCAGGUAUGAGCGAUAAGAUGAUUAGUACUGUCGCCGAUGUAUUUACCUUGAGCCUUUUCAUUGGGUCGCGUGGUCGGAACAGCCGAUAG